UUGGAGGGAAAAUGACAAUGCUUGUUUUAUUCCAAAUUUAUUGCUGAAUGAUUAUUAAAUUUGAAUUCUGGAUUAAACUUUGUUUUAAAUCUCUUUUUCUCUCAAUGAAAGAUGCCUCAAUCAAUCGAUGAAAAAUAUAGGAAAAUUGAAAAAAUCGGCGAAGGAUCAUACGGCAUUGUGUACAAGGCAAUCGAUAAAAAUAAUGAUAGCCUUGUUGCGUUGAAAAAAAUUCGGCUGAAUUCUGAUUCUGAAGGUGUUCCAUCGACUACCAUCCGAGAAAUAUCGUUGCUGAAAUCGCUCAAACAUAAAAAUGUUGUUAGUCUCAUCGACGUUAUCCAAUGUGAUAAUAGUUUAUAUCUGGUUUUUGAGUACCUAAAUCAAGAUCUUAAAAAAUUACUUGACAAUACAACCACAAAUGGUCUUCCACCUAAAUUGAUCAAGAGUUAUGUUUGGCAAUUGUUACAAGGAAUUUACUAUUGUCAUGCAAAUGAAGUUAUUCAUCGAGAUAUGAAACCACAGAAUCUUCUGGUGGACAUCAAUGGUUAUAUCAAAAUUGGUGAUUUUGGUCUAGGACGAUCGAUUAUGAUACCUAUGCGAAUAUAUACGCAUGAAGUUGUCACAUUGUGGUAUCGAUCACCAGAAAUUCUUCUUGGUACAAAUUACUAUGGUUUUUCUGUCGAUAUAUGGAGCAUUGGCUGUAUAUUUGCUGAAAUGUCCAACAAAAAGGCUCUUUUUCCUGGCGACAGUGAAAUUGAUCAAUUAUAUAGGAUAUUUCGAACCUUAGGUACACCAGAUGAAAAGACGUGGCCCGAUGUUGUCAAGUUAUGCGAUUACAAACCGAAUUUUCCCAAAUGGAAACGUCAGAAUUUCAAAGAAUUGUUACCAUAUCUUGAUGAUAAUGCUAUCGAUUUGUUAGAUCGUUUGUUAACAUAUGAUCCAAAUUUACGCAUACCUGCAUUGAAAGCAUUAAAUCAUAAAUAUUUUCACGAUGUAUCUGAUUGUUUGCCAAAAGAUUAUGUAAAUUUAGAAAGUCAUUAAUUUUAUUGAAUUUUUUUUAAAAACAAAUGCAUCAAAUCGAAUUUUAUAUGGAUGAUGAUGAAUGCUUUGGUUAAAGUAAAG